AUGGGCACUACGACCUUUCAUCAGCUUGAAGAAGACGGAUCUCAUCCUAUUGCUAUAGUCGGCAUGGCAAUGCGAUUGCCGGGAGGUGUGCGAUCUGCUGCUGACUUUUGGCAACUUCUGAGCGAAGGACGUGAUGGAAAUUGCGUUGUACCGGACUCGCGAUAUAGCGAGGAGGGUUUCUACUCAGACUCCGGGGCACAUUCAGUCAGAAUGCAACGUGGUUAUUAUCUCCAAGAGGAUCUAGAGAAAAUAGACACCUCUUUCUUUGACAUCGAGGGACUACAGCCAUCUCGGAUGGAUCCACAGCAAAAGAUGCUGCUUCAGGUUGUAUGGGACUGUCUCGAAAACGCCGGACAGGUUGACUGGCAAGGAAAACCUAUUGGUUGCUUUGUCGGUACUUAUGGUGGAGAUUGGGAAGAGAUAGAAGUCAGGGAUCCUCAAAAUGCACACAACUUCCAUAUGAUCGGGCAUGGAAAGUUUUCACUUGCAAAUGUGAUUUCUUACGAGUUUCAUUUUAAUGGCCCUAGUAUGACAAUUGAGACCGGCUGUUCUUCUUCACUAGUUGCUCUGCAUCAGGCUUGCCAGUCUCUCAUCUUGAAAGAUUGCUCUACGGCGAUCGUGGCUGGAUCUAAUCUGAUCUUCACGCCCACCGUUGGCAUGCACGGCUCGGGUCUAAGUGUAUUCUCCCCAUCUGGAAUAUCCAAAUGCUUUGAUGCGUCCGCAGAUGGAUACGGAAGGGGCGAGGCUGUUAAUGCAGUCUGUAUCAAGCGAUUGGAUGACGCGUUGAGGGAUGGAGAUCAGAUACGAGCUGUCAUUCGGUCUUCAAUGGUUAAUUGCGAUGGUCGAAGUCCUGGAAUCACCACACCCUCUGUCAAGGCACAAGAAAAGUUAAUACGGGAGACGUAUAAGCGAGCCUUGAUCAGAGAUCUCUCACAGACUGCCUUCAUCGAGUGCCAUGGCACCGGUACGUUAGCAGGCGAUCCUAUCGAAUGCUCUGCAAUUGCCAAGACCUUCCUCAAAGAAAUAUACAUUGGCUCGGUCAAAGCCAAUGUUGGCCACUCUGAAGGUGCCUCGGGACUCACAAGUCUGAUAAAAGCUGUUCUUUCGUUGGAAAAUAGGCAAAUACCGCCCAAUAUCCAUUUCCACCAACCGAAUCCAAGGAAGAUUCUAGUUCCUUGGGACAAUGGACGUCUUCGUGUUCCGGAGAAGCUUACUUCAUGGCCUGUGAAUCGAAAAGAGAGAAUCAGCAUCAGUAACUUCGGUAUCGGUGGCUCAAAUGCACAUGUUAUUCUUGAUUCUUCUUCGUCCUUUAUACCCACCCAAUUAGUUGAAGAUGAAAUGCAGGAAACAAAGCCGAUUUUGCUCGUUGUUUCUGCGAAGUCCCAGGAGGCUCUGUUGUAUCGAGAGCAGAGUCUGUUGAAGUACAUGAGCAUUCAUCCGAAUCGUCUUGGCGAUCUUGCAUAUACCCUCAGUGCCCGUCGUAAACAUCUUUCACAUAGGGGUUUCUUAGUCAAUGCGAAUGCUAUCUCCCCGAAUGUGGGAUCCGUCAAGCAUUCCGUCGCUAGUCGGGCCCCUGACUUGACUUAUGUUUUCACGGGCCAAGGCGCCCAGUGGGCCGUCGCCCUUGCAGAUGCCAAUAUUGAUCAGAUAAAUACGCCUCAACUCGCUCAGACUUUGUCUUGUGCAUUGCAAAUUUCGUUAGUAAAUCUUCUUGCGGAGUGGGGUGUCAAGCCCACAGCAGUUGUCGGUCAUUCGAGUGGCGAGAUCGCGGCUUCAUAUGCCGCGGGAGCAAUUACAGCUGAGUCUGCGAUUGCUGUGAGCUACUAUCGUGGUCUACUGGUAGACGAAGUCGGCAAGGAGGGAUCAAUGGCCGCCAUUGGUCUUGGUCGAGCGCAAGUGGCAUCGUAUCUACGGGACGGUGUUGCCAUCGCCUGCGAAAAUAGUCCUAACAGUGUCACUAUAUCUGGAGAGUCCUAUCAUGUGGAUGAGGUGAUGAGCAAGAUCAAAUCAGAUCAUCCAAAUGCACUCUGCAGAAUGCUCCGCGUCAAUAGAGCAUAUCAUUCAGAUUCCAUGACCGCCGUGGGCAAGAUGUACGAGACCAGCAUUCGAUCCUAUAUCAACCCUCAGAAAGGAAUGAUUCCAAUGUACUCUAGCGUCACAGGACAAACGAUUGUGGAUCCGAAGCAGCUCAAUGCCAAGUAUUGGGUCCAGAAUCUUGUAUCUCCUGUUCUUUUCUGGGGCGCCGCCGAGUCCAUUAUGCAGGAUCAUCCCAGGUCUUUCUUCUUGGAAAUUGGUCCACAUUCUGCUCUGGCAGGACCCCUUCGUGACGUUUUCAAAUCUUUGGCCGAUGCGAAGAAGGAGAUGUCCUAUGCUUCCUGCCUCAUCCGCGGACAAUGCCAGGAAACAUCCCUCUUGACUGCAGCCGGAGAACUGUUUCUUGCAGGAAUUCAGCUCAACUUUGAGGCCAUCAAUGGACACAGAAAGAUCCUGACUGAUCUUGAUCCUUACCCCUGGCAAAUCGGACAGUGUGAAUGGUCUGAGAGUCGGAUAUGUCGAGAGUGGAGAUUCCGCAAGCAUGCCCACCAUGAGCUCUUGGGUUCGCGCGUCGUCGAGUCAACUCAACUUGAGCCCUCGUGGAGAAAUAUGCUGCACAUCGAUGACGCGUCCUGGCUUUGGGAUCAUUGUAUCGGAGGGUCGACAGUGUUCCCUUGCGCCGGAUAUAUCGUUAUGGCCGGUGAAGCCAUGCGUCAGAUCACUGGGUGUCAAAAAUAUCGGUUGAGAAACCUUCGGCUUUCUAAAGCAUUGACCCUCGACGAUCGUGGCCGAAUUGAGAUCUUCUCCAGCUUCCGACCGGCUCGACAGACCGAAAAUACUGGCUCAGGGUGGUAUGAAUUCUCCAUUUCCAGCUUUAGGAGGGGGUCGUGGGUGAAACAUUGCACGGGACAAGUGCGAAACGAAACUUCCUCGCCUGCUCCACGAGAUAUCAGAGGUCUGCCAAGGUCUGUGGCCUCUCAUACUUGGUAUGAAAACCUAAAAGAGCGUGGGCUUGAAUAUGGGCCAAAGUUCAGACUGCUCCAGCAUAUAUCCGCUCACCCCACACAACUAUCAGCGACUGCCAGCUUAGAGAGAGAUGGAUCUUCCGAGACUGUUGACGCUCCCACAAUUGAUCAGUGCUUGCAACUUGUAGGGGUUGCCGUGUCCAACGGUCUGUCUCGGAAGUCUGGUGGAGUUGGAAUGCCUGUGUAUGUUCAGGAAGUCUUCGUUGGCAGGACAGGGCCCGACGUAUUUCUUGAAGCUUCUGCAUCAGAAACGACUAUGGGAGCAACCUCUGGCUCUGCAUUUGCACAGUGGGGAGCCGAGGUGGGAGUCCAAAUUGACGGUGUUGAGUUCAUGGGCUUUGAUGAAGGUUCAUCGGCAGAUGGCGAUCAGAAACUGUGCUCGAAUCUCGUGUGGGCCCCAGACGUAGAUUUGUUACCAGAGGGCCGUCUUCUGCUGCCCUGUAGUCCAACCACGCCUACCUUUGGUGGGACUUAUGGCCCAAGACAACAGUUUUUCGAUAUGUGCAUCAUUGAAACCGCACGACAGAUUGUUGAUUUGGAGCCGGCCUCAGGGCACCUGCGCAAGUAUCAACAUUGGAUGACUGCAAGUUCAGCUGCGAUCCUCAAUAAGAUCCAUUCUCACGUGCUACCCAAGGAUAGGGAGUUCUUGGAUGUGCCUAGAGACAGAUGGGCCACAAUUCUGACAGGUCUCAAAUGGCAGAUUGAUGAAACGAUGCCACUCAGCAGACAUUUCGCACAACUCUCCCUUCUUAUCAUGGAAUACUGUGUCGACAUUGUCCAGGGAAGAUGCCAGCCUCUGGGUUUACUGAUGGAAAAUGAUGGAUUAUCAAAGCUUUAUGACACAGGUGACAGCAGAAAUUACGAGGAGUUCUUGAGGCUCCUGGGCCACUCCCAACCCGAUCUUCACAUUAUCGAGAUUGGAGCUGGAACCGGAGCAACGACAGCAAGAGCCCUACAAUGUCUUCAUCCCGAAGGAAAGGCUCGUCAGUAUUCACGCUACGUGUUUACUGAUAUUUCGUCAGGCUUUUUCCAGGCAGCGAUGGAAAGAUUCAAAGCACAUGAAGCAAUUGAAUUUGCGGUGUUAGACAUCAGCCAGCCUCCGGUGGAUCAAGAAAUCGAGUCCGGGGGCUUUGAUCUAGUGAUUGCGUCGAAUGUACUUCAUGCCACGUGCAGUAUACAAGAGACUUUAAAGAACAUUAGAUCUCUCCUCAAGCCAGGCGGGCGGGUUUUGAUUGAAGAAAUUUGCUCUGAGGCUCAACCAAUCGAGUUCAUCAUGGGUGUGCUCCCUGGGUGGUGGGUUGGUGAAAACGACAACCGUGUUGAAGCUCCGUACAUUUCGGCGGAUCGUUGGCGUGAUGAGCUACAUGAAGCCGGAUUCCAAAAUUUCCAGUCGGCACCAGGUGAAGCAGAGAUUUACAUGACAUCUAUUCUGGCAUCUUUUCCCUCGCGAUCGCACAGCGAAAAGACCACUGUAAAUGUUCUGUACGAUUCGCAGCCAUCCCCUUGGGAAGUUCAAGUUGCCCAAAGGAUCGAGGCUUUGGGCUUCCCCAUUCGUUGGUGCACGCUUUCCGAGUCACCUCCUGCCAACGAAGAUGUCAUUUCUUUCCUCGACAUUGAAAGCCCGUAUCUGUAUUCCCUUACAGAUACCCAACUCGUCCAGCUUCAACAGUAUCUUUCAUCAUGCACAUCCACCCGUGUACUUUGGGUGACCCGCAGCUCCCAGAUGCGUUGUCCAGAUCCCCGUUAUGGAUUGACUCUGGGAUUUGCACGGACAAUGCGUAUGGAAUACGAAAUCGACUUCGAUACAGUCGAGGUGGACGAUUUUGAUCCAAUCUCACAGGAUGUCAUUGUUGAGACCUAUGUGAAGUUUCAACAGCAGCGGUUCCGAACGGAUGAAACAGCGGAUCAUGAGUAUGCCGUCCAGGAUGGGGUGGUUCAUAUCCCUCGGUACUAUUGGAGCAAUUUGUCUGAAAAUCUACUGGAAGACCCUUCUCCGGAAGCUCCGAAGACCCUCACAGUCGAGCAGCCUGGGAUUCUGGACUCUUUAAAGUGGGUCGACAAGGAUUCGAGCGAUAUAGGAGAGGAUGAGGUGGAGAUUGAUGUGAAAUUCGUGGGCCUCAACUUCCGCGACUUGAUGGUGAGCCUGGGAAUGUUGCAAGGCAAGACCGAUAUUGGACUAGAGGGCAGUGGUAUGGUUAGACGAGUCGGAAGUGGCAUUACACAUCUCCACGAAGGAGAUCGAGUGGUAUUCCUUACAUCGCCGGCUUUCAGGACUCGUGUUGUCGUUCCAGGAGCUCUAGUCGUGGCGAUACCUGCUGAGCUCCAGUUGGAUCAAGCAGCUACCAUCGGAUGUGCAUAUACUACCGCAGCGUACUGUCUGCUAAAUGUGGGACGACUACAAAAGGAUCAGUCCGUGUUGAUUCACUCUGCCGCGGGCGGAGUAGGCAUCGCAUCCAUCAUGCUCUGCCAGAUGCUCGGUGUACAGAUUUAUGCCACGGUCGGCAAUCCAGAAAAGGCGCAGUAUCUGACAGAAACUUUUGGAAUUCGGAAAGAGCACAUUUUUGAUUCAAGGAGUACUUCCUUUGCGCCGAAUCUGCUAAAAAGAACCCGAGGCCGAGGUGUUGAUCUAGUGCUCAAUUCAUUAGCAGGAGAUCUCUUGCUCGCAUCAUGGGAAUGUGUUGCUGAAGGAGGCAUGAUGGUUGAAAUUGGCAAACGCGAUUUGAUGGGUCACGCUAUGUUGCCCAUGGAUCGGUUCCUUGCCAAUAGAUCCUUUGUGGGGGUAGACAUUCUUUCCCUUACCAAAUCACGGCCCCAGGUUGUGCUAGAAUGUUUGAAAACAGUUUCGACCCUUUUGGCCGACAAUUCCAUUAAGCCUAUUCAACCUAUGCGUAUCUUUGCAGCGAGUCAAGUCACCGAGGCAUUCAAGUAUAUGCAAGAAGGCAAACACAUGGGAAAGAUUGUUGUCGAGAUGCCGGAUGCUGCCAACAAACUUCCCAUGUCCAAGAUCCCAGGGCAUAUCUCCUUCUGCCAUGACAGUGCCUAUCUGCUCGUUGGUGGUUUGGGCGGCUUGGGUCGUGCAGUAGCGCAAUGGAUGGUUGAAAAUGGUGCUAAAUACCUGGUCUUUCUCUCACGAAGUGCAGGUGAUGGGGAGGAUGACGCAAAAUUUGUCUACGAUCUAGAGCUCCAAGGAUGCCAUUCCCUCUUAAUCCAAGGAGAUGUUGCCAAGCUGGCAGAUGUCAAAAGAGCGGCUGCUGCGAGCAUCAAGCCGGUGAAGGGUGUCAUCCACAUGGCAAUGCUCAUGAAGGACUGUCCUUUCUUUAGCAUGGCGCACGAGCAGUGGACGGGAGCAUUACGUCCAAAAGUGCAAGGAGUUUGGAACCUGCACGAAACCUUUUUUUCUCACAGUCUCGACUUCUUCCUCAUGUUCAGCUCAGUUGCAGCAGCCGCUGGCUCGGCUGGGCAAGCAAAUUAUACGGCGGCCAAUACCUUCCUUGGUGCCUUCGCACGUUAUCGCCAGUCUUUGGGCCUGACAGCAUCCGUUCUCGAUGUGGGUUGGAUCACCGAUGUCGGUUAUGUUAGCCAGCGUCCCGAGCUCUUGGACAUGAUGCGGUCUAAAGGUUUCAUUCCACUACGAGAGACCCAUCUUUUGGCUGGCAUCCAACUGCUCCUUUCUCCGCCAGGAAUGGUCGAUGGGGUGCCGUCCAAAUUCAGAGAUGAACACCAUAUAUCGGUCGGGUUGGGUCUCCUAUGGACACAGGCGUCCAGUGAUGUACGAUGCAAAGACGCUCGGUAUCGUCAGGACCCAGCAUCAAGAUCUACACGCCCUGAACCACGUGCUUCGGGUGACAGCUCUAUCAAAGGUCUUCUUCAGGCCGUGGAGGAGAAUCCCCAGAUCUUGAGACUUGCUCCCACCGUUGAUCUUCUCACGAAGGAAAUGGCGCUGUUGAUGGGUCCGUAUUCGGCCGCCGUGAAAAAUGAAGAUUGGGCUGCUAUGGCUGAAAUCACGGUAGACUCGCUCGUAGCUGUGGAAGCUCGGGCAUGGUUGAAGCGCAACCUUGAGGUGGAUCUCGGUCUUGUCGAUAUUGCAACGGCAGGUACCGUUCACGGCGUGGUCACUCUCACCAUGGCUGCACUGAGCCUGAAAUACGCCGUCAAGCAGUGA